GCGUAGCUAGCUCGACAACCACCUAGCAUUUGUGUAUUUUGAGGAAGUUCGUUGAUGAUACUACAAAUAUAAAGUAAAAGGAAAAGUUCUUCAACUGUACUGUCUGGAGGACAGCUCUCCGUCACUCCGGUAACAGGAUGUUGUUAAAAAUACUGGUGGGCUUCCUGUGUGGCGCCACAGCUGUGGCCACAGAAAAUAACACGGCUCAUCAGGGUCCUGUUCCGCUUCUGCUGGUGUCGUUUGACGGUUUCCGAGCGGACUACCUGCAGAGGUUCCCCAUGCCGAACCUGAAGCUCCUGUACAGCCAGGGGGUCCUGGUGGAGCAGCUCACCAACGUCUUCAUCACCAAGACUUUUCCCAACCACUACAGCUUGGUGACAGGGCUGUACGCUGAGUCUCACGGUAUCCUGGCCAGUACCAUGUACGACCCUGUUAGCCACAAGCACUUCAGCACCAGCAACGACACCGACCCGAUGUGGUGGAGCGAGGCACAGCCCCUCUGGCUUUCGGCGCUAGACUCCGGCUACAAGACGGCGGCCAUGAUGUGGCCCGGCUCCGACGUGGUCAACCGCACAGCGACACACUUCUUACCCUAUAACUCUGAUGUGACGUUCCAGCAACGACUAGGGAACAUGACAAAGUGGUUGUUGGGAAAUGAAAAGGAGCAAGGAGUGAUGUUUGCAGCUCUCUACUGGGAGGAGCCAGACCGGUCAGGCCACAUGUUCGGCCCAGACAACGACACUGCCAUGGGCAAAGCGUUAAAAGAGGUUGACGACAACAUCGGCCUCCUGGUGUCAGAGUUGAAACGGACCGGCCUCUGGGGUAACAUCAACGUCCUGAUAACCAGUGACCACGGCAUGGCUCAGUGCUCAGCUGAUCGCCUCAUACGGCUGGACGACUGCCUCCACCCCGACAACUACACACAGGUGGACCUCACACCUGUCGCAGCCCUCAUCCCAAAUAAAGAUCCCAAGGCUGUGUUCGACCUGCUGAAUAAAUGCCAUCCCCACAUGACAGCGUAUGUGAAGAACGCCAUCCCUGAUAGGCUGCACUACCGCAACAACGAACGCAUCCAGCCAAUCAUACUGAUUGCUGACGAGGGUUGGACCAUAGUGCACAGAAAAACAGACAAGCUGCCAAGAUUGGGCGAUCACGGCUACGACAACUCCCUACCCAGCAUGCACCCCUUCCUGGCAGCGACGGGGCCCAGCUUCCGGCAGGGUUAUCGAAUCAGCAGUUUACAGAGCGUGGACAUUUACCCGCUCAUGUGCCACCUGCUGUCGGUGCCCGCACAGCCCAACAACGGCACCUUGACCCAGGCUCGGUGCAUGCUGGCUGCUGAGACCUGCUGGGACGUUCCCCUAAUGGUCGGCCUAGUGGUGGGGGUGUUACUGGUACUCACUACAAUCACUUUUCUUUUCAGGUUUCUGAGCUACCGCCGCCCAUCAGGCCCCCGACCUUUCCAGAGGCUGCAGGUUGACGAUGACGAUGACGACCCCUUGUUGGAGUAAACCAGUCAGAACCGGUCGUCACACACUAAUCUGUGUCACCUGUUUGUGCUCCAUUAGGUACUUGACAUGUUGCACUUUACCCACUGAGGCUGCUGCCCCUCACUUCCACACUGGCAUGUGUGUACUGUAUGUGUGUGUUCAUGUGUGUAUACAUACAUGCAGUAGAAAAACCUGCUCUCUAAAAAGCCUUCAGACCUACUGACACCUGAGCUGUCAGUGCGUCUAAAUAAUAGUGAAUACUAUAUUUGACAUCAGCUCUCCAUAAUGUUACUGCUGUAAAAAAGAAGAAAAAAAAUCCAGUUGCACAUGUGAUGAGAAGCCAGUAGAGUUUUAUUGUGGAAUGUAACUUGUUUUGAAGGAAAUUUUAAGUUUUAAAUAUUUUUGUUUGAGCUACUGAUUUAAGAGAUUUAUUUCAGAUUUUUUUUGUGGGAUCUGUGUUUAUAGAAAACUUUAUUUCGUGUGUAUUUUCUUUUCAUUUGUAGUGUAACUCUUUGUCAGCAGAGGGCGCCAGUAGCUCAUUUAUUUUCUAUUUUGUAUAUUGAGGAAAGCUUUACAGAUUUUGUAGUUGGAAUUCUUUUGAUUGUCUUUAUUUUUCAUAUUUAGGUGUGUACUGUUACUGUUUUGCUUUAUUCUUUGCACUGAUACCUGAGUCUGAAGUCAUCUCAGUAACGCUUAUAUCCAUAUUUGCAUGCCUAAAAGCUGAAAUUUUAAAAUCUGAUUUGAUGCAUUUUACUGUUAAAUUAUAGUAUAAUAGGUAACAAUGACUAAGGUAAGGGGAGUUUUAAAGGAGGUGAUUUCUAUGCAAAUUGUCUGUUAAGCAGAGGUAUGUCAGUUAUCAAUUCUGUACUUACAGUAUAUAUAUGAAUUAUACCAAAGAAUAAUAUUAAGAUGUACAACAGAUGCUUAAAAGAGAUACUAACCAUCUGAAAAAAGGGACUCCUACCAAGGGAUUUGGUUCAUAAAAUUAAAGCAAUAUAAUAGUUAUUAUUAGGAGCAAGUGGGAUAGAAACACAGUGGCAUUUUAAAAAUUGUACGCGAUCCAAUUCAGGUGGAGUUGAAACUUGAAAUAAUUUUAUUAAUUUUGGAGUCAGUUUUCAUAUGCAGAGGGUGAGCUGCUGAAGAUGUGGUGUCCUGCUCAAGGGCACUUUAACAGGUCACAUGGCUGUUUGCAGGGAACUAUGAAUGUUACUGAAAGUCACACUUACAGUAGUUUGAUGUUAAGAGCAUAAGUGUGGUUAUAUUCUAUAUUUUUCUUAUUAUAAAUAAACGACAUUAAAACACCAAAACCAACACUGAAUUGAUCCAACUAACAAGUAUUGUCUGUUUAAGCCUGUUAUAUUUUAUUCCUCUAUGCCCUAAAGCAGCAUUGUUGUCCAAAAACUAUUCAACACUAUUCCCAGCAAAUACACUGUUAAUCGUUUUGAGUAACAGUAUUUUUUGGUUAAGUACUUGGUGUUAUGUGUUAAAGACCAAUAGAUGUUGAGCUAAGAGACUACACACAUUGUUGGUUUUGGUCUUUUAAUUGGAUUUGUGGACAAUAGCCACACUACAGGAUAUCACAGGCUUCUUCAACCAUAUAUCUAGUGAUACGUAAACACCGUUCAUGUCUGUGCCUCUUUCUGCUGAAACCAGAAAAGAGGAAAUAUAUUGUUAUAUUCUUGGUUCUACCUGUAGCAAUUUUUUAAACAUCAAUUACUUCAUAUAAUCACCAUAAACAAACGAUGGACCCUGGACUCCUUCUAAUUGGCAUUGUCGGUAUUUGUCAAAAUUCAAAACAUUAAAACCAUUUGCCUUGAACAUAAUUGCUUCAGGUGAGAGCAGUGAAAAAAACUGGAAAGUUUUGUGCCAUAAAGCGAGUGACAAAUCUGAUGGAAAACACAGCAUAGAGGCUACUAUUCUCGAAAGGGUGGUCUCAUCCUAAUAUUUAUAAUUUGUUUGUUCUUUAAAUUUUCUGUUUUCCAGUUUUGAAAGGUGUAAAAAAAAAAAAAAAAGAAGAAGCUUUUUGUACAUUGCAGUUCCUGUCUGGCCUGUACAGAGAUUUUCAACAAGAAUAAAUAUAAUGAAAAAUCA